UUGACUAUUUUGAUUUGUAUUGAAUCAUUUCAACGGAUUGCCCAAGAGCCAACAAGGGCCAACCUGUAGCGAAGAGGAGGAGUUGGACAUCUCUUGAGGCAUCUUCUAAGGGAGACUUCUAGUUGGUACGAUGGAACGGCGACAAAAGAGGAAACGUCUGGAAAAUGAAGAGUCCCAGGAAACUGCCGAGAACAGAGGAGGAAUCUCGAAGUCACAAGAGGAUCCCCCUCAGCUUGGAUCCACUGUGGUGGCCAAAGGCUACAGCCCAGGGGCAGGGGAGGUAUCCUCUGCCUCUAAAUACUUCUUCUGUACUUCUACUCUGCGCAAGCUCAUCUAUGCUGGAAUCCGGAGAUUUCAUCGAGACACUGCCCAGCCUACAGCACCCCUAGCCCAGGUUCAGGAAGAAGGGGAGACCGCUCCCCCAUCACACUGUGUCUCCUCCUCACCCUCUUCACCCUGUAAGAACUAUCUGCACCCAGACAAAGAGGAAAGGGGCAUGAAAAUAUACUACACGCAGGUACAAGUGAACAAGGGUGUAGCUGUCUCCUGGAAGACAAAGAAACCCUUGGAGUUGCCUGAAAAGCAGCUGACGAUAGAAGAAGUGACCCUUCCUGAGGAUGCGUGCACAGUAGGCACUUACCCCUCUGAUGUGUUCACCGAAAGCCUCCUGUCUGACAGUGAGCCCACUGGGGAGGAGAAAGAGUAUGAGGAAAGGGCAGAGCCAGGCAGCCCAUCAGGGUCACCUGCAGUCCAGGAGAGACCCAGGGUCAAGACACCGGACUGGAUGGUGACCAUGGAGACCGGCUUCAGGUGCAUGGCCUGCUGCCGGGUCUUCCCCACCUUGGAGAUCCUCCAGCAGCACGUGAAGGGUGGCGUCCUGGAGGGCUUCAGCUGCCGUGUCUUUCAUCUCACCAUGGCCCAGCUGAUGGGCAAUGUGGAAUCCGAGAGCACUCCUGAGGAGGAGGAUGAGGAGGAGGAGGACGAGGAGGUGGAGGAGGAGGAGGAAGAGAAGCUAGAAGAAAAGGAGAAUGAGGGAGAGCAGCCCACG